AUGCGCACAACUCAACUUCUCUCCAUAUCCGUCCCUGUACCGGGUACUCUCCCUCCCGGCGCUGUGUUAGCUGCACUGCAGGCCGUUGAUCCAUUUGUCGCCCAUCAUCGGACUGUGACCAAGUUGGACGAAGUUCCAGCAGAUCCUGCAGACACUGCCGAAGACCCUUUCUUCGGGCCCUUUGACGACACUUUCCGCGCCUUUGAGAUGCAGGAGCUUGUCAACCUUGCUCCCGGUCUAGCCAAAACGAUUACCUACAGAGCCAUUUUCCAAGUUAUCCCCGAUGGCCUUCGCUCAAGAGCCAAAGCCCCGGUGGGCGUUGUUGUCCGAGCUCAGUGGCAAGUGCGCCAGCAGCAGCGCGGCCGAUCAGCUACUGGACCAAUAUCGCCGGCAGGUUCGGAUAGCACGGCAUCAGGCAGUACGGCGACGGUUGAAGGGGACGAGUUCGAACUCCACGAACAAGUUCUGCUCGAGGCCAAUUCACUCCUGAUGCCCUUCAUCACAGAGUCGUGUGUAGCGGUUCAUCGCGAGAUUUGCGAGAACUUCAUGGCAGCAACAUUCAAAGAGUACUUUGGAACAUUGCCGAUGCAUCAUCACUAG